AUGUCAAUUAUUCUUGGUACCAUUACAUCUGUCAUUGCUAUAGUUGUAGCAUGGUAUAAUGAAACUUAUCUAGUCAAAGAGCCUUCACUUGAUUGGGAUCAAGAAAGACGAUGUUACUUGAACCGUCUGUAUAAUGGGAGGGAGGUUGACUGUAUUGAACAAUUACGAGUUAGCAAGAAUGCAUUUAAGAGUUUAUGCACUAUUUUGCAUGGGAAGGGUGGAUUGACUCCAACAAGAAAUGUUUCAAUUGAAGAGUCUGUGGCUAUUUUCUUAAAUAUACUUGCUCACAACUUGAAGUUUACGGUCAUUGGUUUUGAUUAUUAUCGCUCUAAAGAAACAAUUAGUCGACAAUUUAAUAGUGUGUUGCAUGCUAUGAUGAGAAUAAGUGAAGAGUACUUGAAACUUCAUCCAUGUGCUAUAAGUGGAUCAGAAAGAGACAAGUGGAAGCGGUUUGAGAAUUGUAUAGGGGCAUUAGAUGGAACUCACAUUCUAGUAACAAUGUCUGCUGAGGACAGACCAAGAUAUUGA